AUGUCUGCGCGCGCGCCGCUCGGGCGAGGGGCCGCCAUCUUCACUUUGCCGGCUAUACACCUCCAGUUCGCGACUCAUCCUCUCGUCCGACGCUUCCAGCUCUUCGAUUCGCCUCACCGACUUGGCAAUCUCGGCGUUCUUGGAGCAGAUCAGGCCCUCCGGCACCGGGACGAGGAAUGUUGUCUCUGGGACGACCUCGUGCUCGGGGAGCUUGAGCUUGACGUGCGACGGCGGCUUCGGCGAUUUCUGGAAGCCCACCGCCAUCUUCACUUUGCUGGCUACCAUCGGAGGGAGAUUCUGGAGCUUGGGUUUCCGGAUGACGGUUGUAAUUACUUGGGGCAUUUGAGGGAGAUUAGGAAUGCGGGCGGGGGUUCUGCUUUCUAUCAGAAUCCUAAGGCUAGGCUUGAUCUGGUCCCGAAAGAUGUCAAGUGGACCUUCCAUCCUUCUAUUUUGAAGACCAAAAAAAUCUACCUCUGUGCAGCUACAUUAGAUAUUGAUUUUCCAGCAAGUAAUCUAAAGAUGACAAUGGUGUAUUAUCAUUUCACUUUAUGCACUCUUGGUUGUUCUUUCACAUUGUUGGAUCCAAUAACAUAUUUGUGGCUGUGUUGUGUGGGUUAAUUUAUGAUCUUGUCGAGAAAUCCCUCUUGUUGAGAAAUCCCUUUUUGUUUCAAGAGCAGUCCUGGUAAUUUGAGUGCAUAACUUUGGAUAUGCCUUACUUCAUGAAGUAUGGAACAUGGAAUAACUGCAAUGAUACAGUGAGAUUGUGGUGACUUUGUUUAGGCUUGCUUAAGAGAUGCACUAAGUGGAUCUGUGCCUUUGGAAUAACUUUUACAAGUAUUACAGUGCUUGUUAUCUUCCAUCUUUAAAAUUUUCCAUUUGGCUAUGGUACUAAAACAUUGUCCCUAUCGACUUGAA